UGGAAAGAUGGAGUCGAGCGGGAAAGUGCCGUUUUCUCAACUCCGAAAUUUAGUACGAAGUUAUAUCGAUAAACAUUUAUAUGAAACAGCUUUAUUCUGGGCUGAAAAGUCAAUGUCUUUAUCGAAUAACGAGCUUCAAGAUGUCUACUGGUUUGCUCAAGCUUUGUUUUACACAAAGCAAUACCAAAGAGCUGUGCAUGCAUUAACUAGCCGUGGUCUACAUGAAAGUAAUUUGGCUUGCAGAUAUCUAGUUGGCAAGUGUUAUGCUGAAUGUAAGAAAUGGCAAGAAGCUUUAGACGUUCUUGAAAUGGAACAGAAAUGCUCAAAGAGCAAUUUGUCAUCUGAUCUUGGGGCUGGAAGCAAGAAACUUGAGGCCGCAGUCCAUCACUUAAGGGGGCUGGUGUAUGACGCAAUGGACAAUGGUACAAUGGCAUGUGAUUGUUAUAAGGAAGCUUUGAGAAAUGAUGUCCAUUGUUAUGAAGCAUUUGAUCAACUGACGUCACAUUAUAUGUUAACUCCAAACGAAGGAUCUGAAUUUCUCAACUCAUUGCCUUUUGAAGAACAGUGCCUUUCUGAAGAGAUCCCAUUACUGAAAUACCUUUACGAAAUAAAACUACAGAAUAGCAAGAAGUCUGUAAAGUUACUUACUCCUUAUGAAUCUGUAAGCAACAGCUUAGAUGUGAUUGUAUGCAUGGCAGAGAAGCAAUUCUCCAAAUGUGAUUUUCAGAUGUGUUAUAAAAUGACGAGCCAAGUGUUACAAAAAGAUCCUCUUCACAGUGCUUGCUUACCAUUGCAUAUCUCAUGUAUGGUUGAGUUGAAGAAAUCCAAUGAUCUGUUUUUUCUUGCUCACAAGUUAGUUGAUAAUUAUCCAGACCAAGCAGUGUCGUGGUAUGCAGUCGGUUCCUACUAUUACCUCAUAUCAAAGCAUGAAGCUGCACGUCGAUUCCUGAGUAAAGCCACAACAACUGACCACAACUUUGGUCCAGCCUGGAUAGGAUUUGGUCAUGCCUUUGCAGUAGAAGGUGAACAUGAUCAAGCAAUGGCUGCCUAUUUUACAGCAUCAAAGUUAAUGCCCGGAGCAUACCAGCCCUUGCUGUAUGUUGGUAUUGAAUACAAUAAAACUAACAAUCCAAAGUUGGCUGAGAGAUUUUUCAAUCAGGCAUUGACCAUUGCACCAGAUGAUCCAACUAUCAAGCAUGAACUUGGUCAGAUUGCUUUUCAGAAUGGCAAUUAUACCAAAGCUGAGAAAUGCUUCAGAGAAGCUCUUGAGAAUGUACAAAGUUUGAGCUCAGGUGUUAUCUUGGAUACAUGGGAGCCAUUGGUGAAUAAUCUUGGCCAUGCAAUUCGAAAACAAGGAAGAUAUGAAGAAGCACUUAAGUAUCAUCAGCAAGCUUUGGUUUUAGUACCUCAAAAUUCUCACACCCUUUCUGCUAUUGGCUUUGUUCAUAGUUUACUUGGCAACUGUGAGCAAGCAAUCAGUUAUUUUCAUAAAGCAUUAAGUCUGAGGAAAGAUGACACGUUUAGUGUUCAAAUGUUGGGUCAAACAUUGGAGCAAUUCUCUCUUGCUAUUCUUCCUGGUGAGCCUGAGGAACAGUUACCAUUAAGUAGUGAUGCUGCUGAACAAAGUGUAACUGGUGGACAGAGCAUGAUUGAUACUAGUAUUGAAGAUGUAAGCAUGGAAACAUAAACUGCCAUAAAAUUACUUUACAUGUACAGUAUGAUGAAAUGCAGAGUAAAUGCAUUUCGAAAAUUGUAACUAUUGAAUUUGAAGUAGGUCUAGGCUGUUGCGAUAUAUCGAUAAAUACCAGUAUUUUUCAAAUAUUGAUAUAUCAAUAUUGGACUUUUUGAACUAUUGAAAAAUAUAGUUAUUUUCAUUUUUUGAUAAAUAGUAUCAAUAAACAAUUAUUUUUAAA